AUGCCCGAAAAAUGGACUGAAAAUGAAGAGAGGUACAUAAAUCGCGAGCUUCUGGACUUCCUCGAACGUCUCGACUUGAUUAGCGACAGGCAGUAUGGUUUACGAUACCAGCGAUCCACAGAGGACCUCCUAGCUUACAUUUGCAGAUGGGUGGCUGACUUUCUCUCUGGCCGAAAGAUAUCCGUCGUAAUUGACGGGAUCUCCUCUUCAUCCUGCAAGAUUGGCCUUGGCUCUGACACGGUCUUCUUGCAUAUCAACGACCUCCUUUCCUGCACGAUCAACCCAAUCCACAGCUUCGCUGAUGACAGCACUCUACAUUCAGGAAUUCAGAGUGACAAAGACCUGGAGGCUAUCACUGCUUGGGGACGCCACAAUUUUGUACGGAGUAAUGCUCCGAAAUACAGUACUGUACCUUGA